AAUAUAUUACAUUACCUCAACUUGCAUACUGAUAGACGCCAAUCAAGGUAAAAUUGAUCAAUAUCAGGAGAUCAGGAGAGUCAGAUCAGAUAUCACUUGAUCAAUAAGUAGGUAAGGAAUUAUUGUCACCAUCGGAAGUGUGUGUUAGUGUGUAAAACCAGAUUUUCUUCCAAGAUUUUCUUCCGACGGGUUUCUCAGAUUCAGUCCAAUUACAUACUACUUUUGUGCAUAUCUGUUUUUCGUUUCUAGUAACGGCAGUAUUUUAAUAACUCAGUUCUAAAUUGAUUGAAUUGAUUAGUGUGGUGGCAAGAGUGACUCUUGCGUGCACCUCCGACCUUGUGGACAACAACCGUCUUCUGGUUGAACAAUAAUUAAUGUGCGUCUUCUUUAAAGAACUAAAAUAGAAUACUAAACUUGUAUGUAUGGGCAUGGUUGUUGACACUGACAUUGGAUUUCGUUCGUGAAAACUUAGUGAAAGUAUUUACGGGCGAGAUAAUAAUGGAGACCGGAACUAAGAAAAGCGUGCCACGGUAUCAUUAUUAUUCCCAAUAAUAACUUUCACCACCGGAUUCUUUUCUGGAAAACCCUCAAGUAUCAAAAAUUAAAAUGUUGCAAAAGUAUAUGUUGAUGCUACUAUCAACCCCCUUCAUUCUGACAGUAGUAAUUGGUUCUGAUGGUAAUUAUGGGAUUUUUCCACCAUCAUGCCACAAGUCAUUUCCACAACCAGAAGGACUCAUAACUUCCCCAGGAUAUCCUGAAAAAUACCCUGCCUCCGUUAUCUGCAAGUACGACAUUCUUCGGCAUGAGGAUAGCUGCGGGGUGAGGGUGACAUUUGAAGAUUUCGAGUUGGAAAACUGGGACAAGGAUGGCUUUUGUAAGACGGAUUGGCUCUCCGUCGACUCGUGUGUUCCCGAAGGGGGCAAUCGAUUUUGUGGAAAAAUCUCACCCACAACCUAUGAAUACGCUUUUCAAAAUGAGGCUGAAUACUUUCGAUUCGUCUUCCGAUCUGACAAUUCCACGCAGAUGAAAGGAUUCCAGAUACGGUACAAAUUAUUGUCCGAUUGUCGUCACGGGCUGUAUUGGAUACCUCCGAUCUCCAUUAUUCCAGACGUUGUACCAUUUGAGACACAGUGUUUCACUCAAGUUACUGAAAGUAAGGGGACAAUUAACACACCCUUCUUUCCAAGACAUUACCCCAACAACAUGGACUGCGUUUACGAGUUUUUAAGGGAAUCGCCAUUCGUUUGUGGGAUCAGGAUGCGCGUUUUGACAUUUGACCUUGAGGAAUCAAUUGAUACCGAUUUGGGGGGAGCGUGUUCAGACUUUUUCCAUUUGGUGGGAGGCUGCGGCUUCAUGUGUGGAAGUGUCAGAUUCAUUUGGACAGCUAAAUACCAACCGGGUGCAUCCAGUAUGAAAUUUCACUUUCAUUCAGACGAAGAAAGAACUAGGACUGGGUUUCAAAUAGCCUUUGAACAAAUAUACUCUUGCUAUUAAACAGUAAUAAUGUGUAUUCGUAUUGCUGAAUUUCAAAUGCUAAUAUAAAAUAUUUUAUUCAAUCUUUUUUAAAGGAAUAUGUAACAACAUAAUAAUAAUUCACAACAGUUAGAGCUGCUCGAUCAAUUUAGACAUUUUUGGAAAGAUUAUAUAAAUACUUGCGUAUUUUAAAACAAAUAUAGAAGAAUAUAUCAAUAAAAUAAUUGGGCGAUUGAUUGAUUAGGUGAUUAGUUGAUUAAUUGCCUUCAGUUUCAGCCUUUUCGGUUUUCUUGUGCGUGACUUGCUUGCCACUUUUUUUGAGCAUCUCGGUGAUUUCCUCAGAGUCUUU